AUGUACUAUCUGAACGAGCAAGGAGAACGUGUGUACACUCUCAAGAAGGUUGAUCCAUCUGGAAAGCCCACGGUAUCUGCUCAUCCAGCUCGAUUUUCACCAGAAGAUAAAUACUCGAGGGAAAGAAUCACGUUGAAAAGACAGAAAAAUUUUGAUGUACUGAUUAAUUUACCUCCUACAGCUGGCAAAUCUUUGUGCUUUCAAUUACCAGCCGUUUUAUAUGAGGAUAAUAAUGUUGCAAUUGUUUUCAUGUCGAAUAACAAUGCAUUAGAAGAACAAGUUGAAUUUUUAAAGGAAAGAAAUAUUGGAGUAUGUUAUUUUCAUUCAAAACUUCCUAAAUUAGAGAAGGAAAAUUUUUUCAAUAAAUUAUCAAAUCGUCAAGAAACACCAACAUUUAUUUAUAUUACUACUACUAUAUGUGCUUCACAAGUUUACAAGGAAUCUUUUCUAACAUUAAUUAAAAAUUUGUAUGAAAAUAACUUGAUAUCCAUGUUUGUAGUUGAUGAUGCACAUUGUUCUAGUGAAAACACAAUAGAUUAUAAUAAAUUUUAUAAUGAAAUAAUUGAAAUAAGAAAAAAUUUUCCAAAUGUACGUUUGAUUGCACUGACUUCAAUAGGUACUGCAAUCAUCAAUGAGGAUAUUAAAAAGUCAUUGGGAAUGGUGAAUGCUGUUGAAUACAACGGCGAUUACAACUGGGUCCGGUCAAAUAUUUAUAUUGAUAUAAAAUAUAAGGAUAUUUUAAAUAAUCCGCUCGAUGAUGUAACAGAAUUGAUUAAUAAUUAUAUUGAAGCUAUGGAAAGUUUUUCAGGAAUAAUAAUUUGUCAAAAAAAUAAAGAUACAGUGAUGAUUGCUGAUGAAUUAUCGCGACGUGGGAUACCAACAGUUCCAUACUUCACAAAUCAAACAAAAAGUAAAGAAAAGUGGAAGAGGAGAGAAGUCGUGAUUAUUGCGGCUACACACGGUUCUGCAGUGGGCCUCAAUAAAGACAAUGUUGGUUUGGUGAUCCAUUGGUCUUUGCCGUCAACAAUUGAUCAAUACUAUAUUGAUAUUGGCAAAGCGGGACGACUAUAUGGAAAGGCCCAUUCCAGGAUCUAUUUCGGGCUGGAAGAUUGGCUACAUGCACAGUUUAUAAUGAUGAGCAUGUCCAAGCAAAUUUUCUCAGGGUUUGAACAUGUUGUUAAAUUUUGUACUUCUGACAAAUGUAGGCAUGUUUUAUACUCAGAAAGUUUUGGAUUCACAUGCGAAUCAUGCAAAAACCGUUGUGAUGCUUGUGGAAAUCAAAAUGAUUAUAGAGAAGCUUUCAACAAAUUUCAAAUUGCUAUGCAACAACAUCAAAUGUUCAAUGUUAUUAAAGAUGAACCCGUUUCUAAAAUUUACAUUUAUAAAAUUGGCCAAACUUUAUCUGAAAGGCUCACUAACUUUCAAGAAAGAACGUUUAAUUAUAGAGAAAAUAAUUAUCGUAUAUUGGCAUUUGCUUUGAUUAAAAACUAUAAACGGGCACCAGACACAGCCGAUAAACCAAGAGAAUCAGUACUUGGUAUUCACAAAAAAGUUUUAUCACGAUUAGCAAGAAGUUUAGAAUACAUUGCAUUUUCCACCAAUAACACAGAUGACUAUUUUCAAAAACUUCAAGUAUUGAAUGAUGUCGUCACUCCCGGAAAAAAAUUGCCGGCAGUUCCUGAGUCCGUCUUGAAGAGGAGAAAACGCCGCGUUCAAGCUAAAGCUGUCCGCGUCCAAGCCUCCAUCAAGCAACGCGCAGCCCACUACUUGAAGAGGAAGCAAAUCUUCAAACGUGCUGAACAGUAUGUGAAAGAAUACCGCAUGAAGGAGCGAGAUGAAGUUAGAAUGAAGAGACAAGCCAAGAACCGUGGAAAUUACUACAUUCCCAGUGAAGCUCGUCUAGCCUUUGUUAUCCGUAUUCGGGGUGUGAACCAAAUCGCUCCCAAACCCCGUAAGAUUCUCAAGUUGUUGAGAUUGAAACAAAUUAACAACGCUGUUUUCAUUCGAUUAAACAAAGCGACUAUCAACAUGUUGCGUAUUGUUGAGCCUUACGUAACCUGGGGAUACCCCAACUUGAAAUCAGUUCGCGAAUUGAUCUACAAAAAAGGAUUCGCUAAAAUUGACCGCCAACGUAUUGCUAUCACCAGCAACGAAAUCAUCGAGAAGAAAUUGGGCCGCACCGACAUCAUCUGUGUUGAAGAUUUGAUCCAUGAAAUCUUCACUGUUGGAUCCAAAUUCAAGUAUGCCAGCAACUUCCUUUGGCCGUUCAAGUUAAACACUCCAACUGGAGGAUGGCGUAAAAAGACCAACCACUACGUCGAGGGUGGUGACUUCGGUAACCGUGAAGAUAAAAUUAAUGAAUUGAUAAGGCGAAUGGUUUAA